AUGUCUCGCAAACCUACCGAUGUGGCGUCAAAAGAGCGCAACGAGUACAUCCCGUCCUUUAUCGCAAAGAAACCCUUCUAUAUCGACGACGAAGACUCCGCCGCCGAUUACCUAGAGCAUCAGCGUCUCCAGAAACAAGCCGCUGACUCAAAAUGGUACGAGCGAGGAAAGCGCGCCGGCCCAGCCGCCACCAAAUACCGAAAAGGUGCAUGUGAAAACUGUGGCGCCAUGACACACAAGACAAAAGAAUGUCUCAGUCGGCCGAGGAAACUUGGUGCGAGAUGGACUGGAAAGGAUAUUCAGGCAGACGAAAUUGUUCAGGAUGUUGAUCUUGGCUGGGACGCAAAGCGAGAUCGUUGGAAUGGGUACGAUGCUAGCGAAUAUCGAAAUGUGGUUGAAGAAUACGAAGAACUUGAAAAUCUUAAAAAGAGCGCAAAGAAAGCGAAGGAUGGCGAAAACGACGAUGAUGAGGAAGGAGAUCAAGAAGAAGCGCGAUAUGCUGAAGAAUCGGAUAUGGGUCGACAACAGAGUACGGCUACAAGGAACCUCCGUAUUCGUGAAGACACGGCGAAAUACCUUUUGAAUUUAGACCUCGAUUCAGCUAAAUACGAUCCCAAAACGCGUUCGAUGAUUGGUUUAGGCGCCCAAGCAGAUCAGACAUCGGCGCUGGUUGCCGAGGAGAAUUUCAUCCGAGCUUCUGGGGAUGCUGCAGAAUUCGAGAGAGCUCAGAAAUAUGCUUGGGAAUCACAGGAAAGAGGCGACAAGCAAAUCCAUCUUCAAGCCAACCCUACUUCUGGUGAAAUCCUGCGGAAACGAGAGCAGGCUGAGUCAGAGGCCAAACGUGAAGCGCAACGAAAAGCGCUACUGGAAAAGUACGGUGGCGAAGAGCACAUGAAAGCAGCACCCUUGCGCGAAGCUGCAGUCAUUGAAAACGAGCGAUUUGUUGAAUACGACGAGACCGGCGCAAUCAAAGGAGCACCAAAGAAGGCAGUUAAAUCGAAGUAUCCCGAAGAUAUACUCAUCAACAACCACAAAUCGGUAUGGGGUAGUUGGUGGUUUAACUUUCAAUGGGGUUAUGCUUGCUGUCACUCUACGGUUAAAAAUAGUUAUUGCACCGGCGAGGAUGGCAAGAGGGCUUUUGAAAAUACCCAGAAGCUGGCUAUUCUCGAUACAUUGAACCACGAAGAGGAGGAGCCCGAAGAGGAGCCAAUUAAACAAGAGGAAGAAGCUGCUAAGCGAGUUGACAUUGAAAAAAGGAAGCGAGAUUUGCAUGCACUCCAGCAGGGUGUCGAUGAGGAAGAACUCGAGUCGUAUAAGCGAAGUCGGUUGGCCGCAGCCGACCCCAUGGCUGCAUUUUUAGGGAAGGACGAGUUGAUACAGUAG